GUAGAUCUCAUGUGACCAGGAGUCGACGUGUGCAGAAAUCCUGCUAGUCUGGUCCUUGUUUCCAUCUGGGUACCAGCUCCCUUCAGCCUUGCAGACGGUGGUGCGAGAGGCCAGCGGCCAGAGGAGACAGCUUGCUUCAAUUCAUCAGGUUUGUUCUUUGUACCGCACCAGGCUAAAAUAAGUAGGAAAAAGAAAUCGACCAGAUCCGUACCUGGAAGCAGCAAAGAAGAGAAGCAGACACAAGAUGAAACCCUGCCAAAAGAUGGAAGGAAACCUAGAAAAGGAGGAUGAGCCAAAGCCCGAGGAAGAGCCAAAGCCCGAGGAAAAGCCAGAGGAGGGGCAGGAACCGGAGGAGGAGGAGAAAUCCGAAGAAACUUUUCGGGAGAGGCUGAUUCAGUCUCUCCAGGAUUUUCAGGAGGAUAUACACAACAGGCACCUGAGCAGUGAUGAUAUGUUUAGAGACGUGGAGGAGCUAGAUGAGAUCAGGAAAGUGAGAAACAAACUAAUAGUGACGCGUUGGAAGGCUAAUCGAAGCCAUCCUUACCCCUAUUUAAUGUAGCUUGGCUUGCUUUCCCUUUUAUCUGACGUUACCAUUGCAAUCUAGCUUUCUUUUCAUUAGCAUUUUCCUGAUAAGACCUUCGCCCAUCUUCCUACUUUGAAUCUGUUGCUGUUAGUGGCUUUAGCUGUAUCUCUUGUUGUCUGUAUCUUACUGUUGAUUAUAUUUGAACCAAUCUAUAAGUCUCUGGCUUUAAGCUUUACUGAUUUGUAAAAAAAAAAAAAAA